AUGGGCUACUACAAUCCAUAUCAGUCUAUUCCUCAACAAUAUAUGGCUCAGUCAUAUUAUCCCCAGUUCUACUCUUCUACCACAUCAGACUCAAAUGCUGAUCCUCAGCCUGAUUCAGACGUGUCGAACGCGAACACCGGUAUAGUGAACCACCUUGGUGAUGGCGGUAAUGGUGCUGGUGGCAAUCAUGAUGGUGGUGAUGCCAGUGCCAAUAACAGCGGCGGUGAUCAUGAUGGCACUUUUCCUUUUGGUGGUGGUCGCAAUUUGAAUUACCCUCAAUAUACUGAUCCUCAUUAUCAGCAUCAUCAACAACAACAUCAACAACCACAACAGCAGCAACAUUCUUCUUCAACUGAUUCCAUCAACCAUAAUAAAAUGUUGCCUAAUGCCGGUGUUCUUAGUACUGACCGCUUUAACUCAUAUACUGAUGCCUCCGGUUACUCUGGAUCUCAUCAGUUCCCUCCUCAUCACUCUUCAGUGAUGUCUAACGCUGGGAACUCUUACUAUGACGAUGAAAAUUCAUAUAUCAACAGCUCUGUUGGUUACGGAUCUGGCUACGGCAAUGUGUCUUUGAACGGCAGUACUUCUAUGAUGGGUCCUGGGCUGUUUGGACGCUCCAACUCUGCCCAUGAAGGCGGUGAUAACAAUAUUAACAGAUUGAAUAACUCUAAUGGCAACUCCGAGAGACAAAGCACAAAUAGUAACGAAGGUGGAGAUAACAACAAUAAUAGCAAUAGACCUAAUGAUGAUUACAACUUACUACUUUCAUCUGCUCAAUUCCCUCCCCAAUUACACAAUCCUGCAAUCUCUGCACCAUAUGGUGGUGUGGUUCCUGGUAUGAUGAACAGUGGUGGUAAUAAAGGUCAUAGCAGACAUCCCUCGAGUUCCAAUCCCUUGGGAGUUUCUCAUUUGAUGAACCCAAAUCCAAUUGGGUUAACUUCUCAAGUUGGAUCUGCUGGUUCAAUGGGACCAGGAAACAGUGGUGUUGGAGGUGUUGUACCAUCAGCCAAUAAUUUUCAAAGUGGAGGACAACCUGGAGGAGUUAACUCCAGUGCACCAUCCCGUACUGUUUAUUUGGGAAACAUUCCUAAUGAUCUUCAACCUAAUGAAUUAUUAGAUUACGUCAGAAGUGGAAUAAUAGAAACGGUGAAAAUCUUACCCACCAAGAAUUGUGCCUUUAUAUCAUUUGUUGAUCCUCAACUGGCAUUAUUAUUCCAUAGUGAUUGUAUUUUGAAAAAGUUGAAUAUUAAAGGUAAUGAUAUUAGAAUUGGAUGGGGUAAGAAUAAUCCAAUUUAUCCUCUGGUUUUGGAAGCCAUUCAAAACCAUGGAGCAACCAGAAAUGUUUAUUUGGGCAAUUUGAAUAGUCAUAUUACGGGAAGUAUGAUUACAGAACAAGAAUUACGAGACGAUUUGGCAAUUUAUGGUAUUAUUGAUUGCAUUAAAAUUAUUCCUGAAAAAGGUAUUGCAUUUGUUCAUUUCCUUAGCAUUUUAUCAGCCAUUAGAUGUGUUUCUGAAUUACCUUUAGUUGAAAAGUAUCUGGAUAAGAAAUGUUAUUAUGGUAAAGACAGGUGUGCAUUUAUUACCAAGACUCAACAACACAAUGCAGCUCAAUACUUAGGUUUAGCACCGGGAAUGGAGCACAUUGUUACAGCAGCAGAUCGUGAAUUUAUUUCUAGCGCAUUGGUACAACAAUCAGCCGCAGCAGCUCAAAUUGCUACACAAGCUGGAGGUGCCAAUAAUUUGGGAAACAGAACUGUUUAUUUGGGGAAUUUACAUCAAGAUUCAUCUGUUGAAGAGAUUUGCAAUGUUGUUAGAGGAGGAUUACUUCAAAGUAUUCGUUUCUUAAAGGAACGCCAUGUUUGCUUCAUUACAUUCAUUGAUCCCAUUGCAGCAGCCCAAUUCUUUGCCAUGUGCCAAUUACAUGGAUUAACUAUUCAUAAUCGUCGGAUUAAAGUUGGUUGGGGGAAGCAUAGUGGACCGUUACUGAAUGCUUUAUCAUUAGCCGUUUCCAAUGGAGCCAGUAGAAACAUUUAUGUGGGGAAUAUUUUGGAUUUUGAAUACUAUAACCCAACUAAAUUAAGAGAUGAUUUCUCUAAAUUUGGAGAAAUAGAACAAAUUAAUUAUUUGGAAGAAAAGAACUGUGCCUUUAUUAAUUUUGUUAAUAUUGCCAAUGCGAUUAAAGCCAUUGAUGGGAUUAAAUCAUUUGGUGAUUAUAGAAAUUUGAAGAUCAAUUUUGGUAAAGAUAGAUGUGGGAACUUACCUCGUCAAUUUCAAAAUCAGAAUAACAUGAUGAUGCCCAUGAAUAACAACAAUAAUAAUAAUAACAAUAACAGUCCUUCCAAUUAUACUGGACAAGACGAUGCUGAAUUGUUACCGCUUGAAGAUUCCCCCGAUGGUGGUCUUGGAACCAUUAGUGGGUUGGAGAUUGGUGGGAUGGGUGAAGUAGUGGAACAUAAUAAUGAUAACAAUGAUAUUGAUGAUGAACCUACCACUACUACGAUGUCACUAUCUGCAUUUGAUAGUCAAGUGGAAGACAAUGAUGAUGAGAAUAAUGAUCUGCUUGUUGAUAAAGCAGCCAAUCCUCCAAUAUAA